AUGCUUGGCCGCGGUCUCUCCUCGCUGUCGACCUGGGCGGGCGUCCUUUGGGUCGGCUCGCUCUGUCUCCUCGCAACCACAGUUGACGCGGCCGACUUCAACUUUUGGGUCGAUCCAGACAGCGUCACGGAAUGUGGCCAGGCGCAGUUCAUGUGGCACGGCGGUACCGCGCCCUACGAGCUGACAAUCUACUCCGUACUCGGCUCCGCCCAGAGGCUCAACAUCACGCGUGCAGAGGUAGCAAAGGACGAGGGCCUCCGCAGGUCGUGGGCUGUGGACUUGACGUACCGUGAGGACGACGUGGUCGUGUUUGUCAUGUCGGACUCGAGCGGCUUCGCGACUGGCGGCGCGUCGGAAAAGUUUGUUGUCGGUCCGCGUGGAUCCAACAUCACAGCCUCGUGCAACGCUGCUCUCCCGGCCGGCACCACCUCCUCGCAGGCCAACGGUUCUUUCGCCUUCCAGAUUGGGCCAUCGGACGACAACCUGGUUCAAUGUGCCUAUACCAACUUUUCGUGGGUCGCCAACUCUGGACAGACCGUGACCACCCCCAUCACAUUCGAAGGUGUGAUCCCCAACGGCGACGUGGUCCAGUUCCAGACAAACGACACAGCCUCCUGGGCCAUGCUUCAGAUGGACAUUGCCCAGGGAACCGACAUGUUGUUUGCCGCGUGGGACUCGAACACGCCCGACUCGCGUUCGGGAGGCGUGUCCACCAUCCAGACGAUUGUCAGCGGCUCCACGACCUGCAUGACCUCCGGCUCGCCAUCGUCUUCUGCCCACAGCGGCGGUGCCAUUGUACUCAACGCCUUGAGUCCAGCGGAGUAUGCUCGCAUUCCACACAAGAAACGUCUGAGCACUGGAGCGAUCAUCGGCAUUGCUGUGGGAUGCGCCGUCGCCGCGCUCGCAGUCAUUGGCGCCCUUAUCUUGUUUUGCUGCCGACGCCGCACCAGCGGGCUGGCAAAGAACCGCAGGAACCCCGGCGCCGACGGCUUCCAGGGCGAGCCCUCGACCCCACUGGUGCGCGUUCAGGAGUUCGUCUACAACCCGCGAGACGGCGGCAGCAGUGGCAACCGCCUUGCCGGCGGGUUGGGUCCGGUCGCUGCACACCAGUACCAGCGUCUUGGUGACGAGGAGAAGGACGAAGAUCCGCAGGAGCGCCUCCUUGUUGAGCCCACCUAUUCGGACACUGCGCUCUCGCCUCGCGGUGAGGCCGACCUGGGCGACAUUUCCAGUGCCCAUGCCCUUUCUGGCGCGGAGUCUCGCCGCCAGCGUCCCGUGUCGACCGGCAGCUUUGUCCCACAAUCCUCCCCCACCGACACCACGUCCUCGACUGCCCACUCGACUGUAGCCAACUACACCGUCGGACAGGCAACUGUUGGCACAGCCGCCAAGGCCGAGCUGCGCGAUCCCUCACACUAG